AUGCUUGCGUGUACACUGAGAGCAGCUCCCACAGCGAGAGCCGCGCCCGGACUGAGAGCCGGUACUGUGGGAAGCUUGCGGUACGUCUCAUCGGUGGGGCAAACUCUUACGGAGAAGAUCGUGCAAGCAUAUGCAGUUGGUGUUCCGAACGGCAAGGCAGUGAGAUCUGGAGACUAUGUGUCCAUCCGGCCCGCUUAUUGCAUGUCGCAUGACAAUUCAUGGCCUGUAGCGCUCAAGUUUAUGGGCUUGGGAGCUUCCCAGAUCAAGUAUCCGGCGCAGAUAGUGAAUACGCUGGACCACGAUGUGCAGAACAGGACGGAGAAAAACCUGAUCAAAUAUAAGAAUAUCGAGUUGUUUGCGAAGAAGCAUGGGAUUGAUUUCUAUCCUGCUGGGCGUGGCAUCGGGCAUCAGAUUAUGAUCGAGGAAGGAUAUGCUUUCCCACUCAGUCUAACUGUUGCGUCGGAUUCCCACUCCAAUACCUAUGGCGGUGUUGGCGCGCUGGGGACUCCGAUCGUGCGUACUGACGCCGCAGCGAUUUGGUCCACGGGGCAGACAUGGUGGCAGAUACCACCUGUGGCUCAUGUGGAGCUGAAGGGUAAACUCCCUGUAGGGGUAUCAGGCAAGGAUAUCAUCGUCGCGCUGUGCGGGGUGUUUAACAAGGACGAGGUUUUGAAUCACGCGAUCGAGUUUACUGGCGACUAUCUGGAGUCUAUCCCAGUCGACUACCGUCUUACCAUUGCAAACAUGACUACCGAGUGGGGGGCUCUUUCAGGGCUGUUUCCCGUUGACCGCACUUUGAUUGAUUGGUACUACGAACGCCUAGCUAAGGUUGGCCCCAAUCAUCCCAGAAUCACGCGCGAGCGUUUAGAUGGGUUGGCUCGCAGUGCUGCUGCGGCGGCCGCCGCUACCCAGGCCGACCCUGACGCCAGGUACGCCAAACACCUGGUUAUCGACCUGUCCACUUUGACCCACUACGUCAGUGGACCUAAUAGUGUUAAGAUCAGCACUCCAAUUACAGAGCUAGCUCGCAAGAACAUUCGAGUUGAUAAAGCGUACCUUGUGUCUUGCACCAACUCACGGCUGAGUGAUUUGGAGGCAGCUGCUCGCGUGGUGUGUCCUACAGGCGAUUUGAAAGCUGUCAGAACAGUCGCCCCACAUGUCGAAUUCUAUAUUGCUGCUGCCUCUUCUGAGGUAGAACGUGAAGCCAAGUCUUCCAAUUGCUGGCAGAAGCUAAUCGCAGCAGGCUGUAAGCCCUUGCCCGCAGGAUGUGGUCCCUGUAUUGGUCUCGGUACCGGCCUAUUGGAGCCUGGCGAGGUAGGAAUCUCUGCUACAAACCGUAACUUCAAGGGUCGCAUGGGAUCCAAGGAUGCGCUUGCAUACUUGGCUUCUCCAGCCGUUGUCGCUGCUUCUGCAGUGCUAGGAAGAAUUGCUUCACCCGACGAAAUCCUACCACCAGCCAGUAGUGGUAUACCCUCUACGAACCCUGUUUCCGAGAUCAGUGUCAAGGCCUCUGUUAAAGAAAUAGAGCCUACAAAAACUAGUAGAGACUCCGCUGCGCAAGUCGAUAAUGCCGGCGCUGCAGUAGAUAUCCUUGAAGGAUUUCCAAGCAAAAUUACAGGCGAACUCGUCUUCUGCGACGCUGAUAAUAUCAACACAGAUGGAAUUUAUCCCGGUAAGUAUACCUAUCAAGACGAUAUAUCACCGGAUAAAAUGGCUCAGGUUUGCAUGGAGAACUAUGACCCUGAGUUCGGCAACAUCGCCAAACCUGGUGACAUCCUCGUGAGCGGUUAUAAUUUCGGUUCAGGUUCCUCGCGUGAACAGGCGGCAACUUCCAUCCUCGCCAAAGGUAUCAAUCUCGUCGUUGGUGGUUCAUUCAGUAACAUCUUUUCCAGAAAUUCCAUCAACAACGCCCUUCUCACACUUGAGCUCCCAGUCUUGAUUAAAUUGCUCCGUGAAAGAUACUCUACUACACACAGACAAGCAACACGCAGAACGGGCUGGUUUUUAACAUGGAACGUGGCUGAUGCAAAGAUAACCGUCACCGACGGCUCCGCCAAUGGUGACAUCGUUCAUGAACAAAAAGUUGGCGAACUAGGCAUGACCCUUCAAGAAAUAAUAGUCAAGGGCGGCCUUGAAGGCUGGAUCAAGGCUCAAAUAUAA